AUGAGUGCAAAUGCCGCACAAUCUCGUUUGACCUCUGUUGAGAGCGACAUUCGUGUCAUAGUCGUUGGAGCAGGGUUUGCAGGGCUGGGAACAGCAAUUGAAUGCCAUCGCCAGGGAUUUUCGGUCGCCAUAUAUGAGCGCUUCCCAGAAUUGAAGCCUCUAGGCGAUAUAAUCUCAUUUGGACGUAACGGGGGCCGCAUCUUUGCGCGCUGGGGAUCGGUAGUCGAUCGCAUGUUGCCGGUCAGUAUCAACCUCGAGCACCAUGGAUUCCGCAUUCACAAAUACACGGGGGAGCAUGUCCACACACAGGCUUCUUUGCCUUUUGAUAGGCAAGCGCCUACGAUCAAUGGACACCGAGGGGAACUUCAUGAGAUCUUGUUCAACUAUGCCCGGGAUGACCUUAAAAUUCCAAUCCAUCUGGGUUGCGAGGUAACAGGGUACUUCGAGAGUUCUUCCGGGGCAGGGAUCCAGCUGGAAACAGGAGAAAAGGUCUACGGAGAUGUUGUGAUCGGCUCCGACGGCCUUCACUCCAAAGCGCGACGCUUGGUUCUAGGUAGUGAGACAAAGCUUCAAUCUAGUGGCUACGCUGUUUAUCGUGCUUGGUUCUCGAACAAGGAUAUCCUUGCCGAUCCCUUUACUAGGCAUUUGUCCGAGCAUGGAGACACGUUCAAUGGCUGGAUAGGCCCGGACGUACAUUUCUUAGUUUCCACCCUGAAGGGGGGCAGAGAUGUUUGUUGGGUACUAACGCAUAAGGAUACAUCCAAACCCGAUGGUCGCUGGUCCUUGCCUGGAAAGCUUACGGACGUCUACGAAAUAUUCAAAGGCUGGGAUCCGCUUUGCACUCGCAUAGUAUCAAAAACACCAGAGUCGUCCCUGAUCGAUUGGAAAUUAAUGUGGCAGGACCCUCUGCCGACUUGGAUCAGCACAGAAGGACGCAUUGCUCUUGCGGGAGAUUCUGCCCAUGCAUUCCUCCCGACCUCCGCUCAGGGGGCGACACAGGCGCUGGAGGACGGUGUGACCAUUGCCGUUUGUUUGAAGCGAGCUGGCAAGGAUAGGAUUCCCGAUGCCCUGCAGGCAUUUGAAAAGAUUCGAUACGACCGCGUGCGAAAGGUACAGGAGACAGGCAAAAGCACUCGGGACAAAUGGCAUACGGCCAAUUGGGAUGAUGUCAAGCGUGACCCGAAGACUAUCGAGUUGCCGAGGGAGGAUUGGAUAUUGAACCAUGACGCUGAGGACCAUGCUAAUACAAUGUAUGAACGCAGCCAAGCUCACAGAAUAUCGCCGACUUUACGGAAUAAUGUGAUCGGUAUCCUCCCUGGGAGCGGAGUAAAUCAGUCAUUUGGGCAUUUUAUCAAAUGGGAUAAGACCUCGCGAAGCUCUGGAUAA